AUGCCAGACACAGAGCCUACCAACAAUACAAGUGAUGGCGGAAAUUCAAAAAAUUUAUUGCCCUACAUGACAAAAAUUUCAUCAAUGCUGAAACAGUUGGGAAUGUUGAAAAAAUCCCUUACAACGGCGCAGCUUAGUGAAUAUGAUGAGGCAGAUUUGUCCGUCCGUCUUGACUAUGUAGAGCAGAUAGGCGCCUCAUUCGAAGAGGCUCAGUCAGCAUUGGAAGAGAUGGUAACGGCCGAAAUGGAAAGUGAAGAAAGGAUGAAAUUUACCGCCUUGUAUUUGGAUGUCAAGGCCAAAUUGACUCGACAGAUGAAUUCCAUCCGUAGAUUGGAAUCAAAUCCCCGGUCUUCGACUGUGCGCCAAUUUUCUGUUGAUGGAGGUCCAUUUUCUGAAAAUUCAUCCUCGACACGCAAAACACGCCUACCAGAGAUCCAGUUGCCAAAGUUUGGUGGAGCUUAUGCUGAUUGGCCGAAUUUCUUUUCACUGUUCUCAACAAUUGUCGACAGCAGCGCAGAGCUAAGUGACCUGGAAAAAUUCCAUCAUCUGCGCUCAAGCUUAACAGGUGCCGCCUUGGACACAAUUUCAUCGUUGGAGCUAAACGAAAGAAAUUAUAUGGAAGCGGUAAAAUUGUUGAAGAAUCGUUUUGAUAAUAAAUUGUUAAAUUUUCAGACCCAUAUAAAGGCCAUUUUUUCGCUGAAAGCUGUGGAAGUUUCCCCAGCCAUUGGUUUGCGCCAGCUUAGUGACAAAUUUAAUUCGCACCUGCGAGCCAUGCAGACGAUUGCCAGUAGAGACCAAAUUGCAGAUGGGCUCUUAGUAUAUUUAGCUGCCACUAAAAUGGAUAGAGAUUCCCAAAUUAAGUGGGAGGAGAGCCUGGCUGUGAAUGAAUUGCCGUCGUGGCAGUCCAUGUCAAGUUUUUUAGAGCAAAGAUGUCGUAUGCUGGAGAACUUGGAGAAUUCCGUGGUUUGUGCCGGCUCUAUUCAGCAAAACAACAAAAAGCAAUCAUUUAAAAAUCGCCACGUACAUGUGGCCUCUGGAAGCUUUUCUCCUUUGUGUGCUUUUUGUGAUUCAAUGGACCACUACAUUGUCAAUUGUCCACCUUUCAGCAAUCUCUCCCCAUCUCUUCGUUUCAAAGAGGCAAAGCGUUUGAAAUUGUGCCUCAAUUGUCUUCGGAAGGGCCAUGUGUUAAAAAAGUGCAAUUCGGGCUCUUGCAGGCAAUGCUCUUCAAAACACCACACAAUGUUGCAUAUGGACCAAACGCCGUCAGCCCAGCCAUCUGUUGUAGUGGAACCAUCUAUAUCCCAAUCAGUUCUUGUUUCGUCAGCUGAUUCAUCUGGAAGGUCAGCAACCACGGGUGGAACCGUCCUGUUGGCAACAGCUAUUGUCCUCGCCAAAAACAAGUUUGGGAAUUUUGUGCCGUGUCGAGCAAUUUUGGAUUCUGCAUCCCAGUUGAACAUGAUUGCAAAUCGUUUUGCAAAGACUCUUGGCUUAAAUUGUAAUCGAGUCUCAGCCACAGUUUACGGCAUAGGUGAUGUGUAA